AUGGACCAGCAAAAUAAAGGCCCGGAACACUCGAAAGGUAUGGCUUAUGAGUUGAUAAUUGACAUUGACCCCGUUUCUCGUCCGGGAGGCGAAGUGCCGGAGGAUACCAAGCCUGAGAAUACCGGCAAGGAAAUUGUGAAUGGAAAUAAUGUAGAGGGGGAACAGGGUGAAAAUAACAAUGCUGGAGGUCUUUUCCAGAUCAGCGUAAAGCUCCCUCAUGAGCCAUACAAUAUCCAGGUUAUGGUCUCGAGCCAAGAACAAGUUCAAGAUGUCCGUCAAUCAAUCGUUGAACUUCCCGGGACUUUCCAGUACACCUGCUUCCAUUUGGAAAAUGAUGGAAACAGAAUCAAUGAUUACGUGGAGCUAUCGGAGGUCAAGGACCUGAAGGCCGACUCUGAAGUGACCCUGAUCGAAGACCCGUACACCGAGAAGGAAGCGAGGAUGCACGUUGUCAGGAUUAGAGAACUGAUCGGUGCUGCCGGAAACCGUGUCGAUACUUUGCAUGGAAUCUCCGCAGGCUUGUCCUUGCACGACUCUGUUGCUGCCGGUGAGGGCCUGUCUGAGGAGGCCAAGAAGAGUCACGCAUUGGACGGCUACGAUGUCACCGCCCCAUUGAACCUUUCGACUAUCCUGCCCAAGGACCAGUCUGCGGUGCCCAAGACCGUUAGAUCUGUUUCCCUUUCGCCGUGGAACCCUCCACCAUACCAUCUCCGCCAGAAGGGACACCUACUGUACCUCUUGGUGACCACUAAUGAAGGUGAACAGCACCAGAUCACAUCUCACGUAUCUGGAUUCUACGUGAAUAAAUGCUCCAACUCCAAGUUCGACCCCUUCCCACGACCCGCUCCUAAGAACUACAGCGCUCACUCCUUAUUAACCUUGAUAUCUCUCGUUUCCCCGUCAUUUAACGAGUCAUUCAAGGCUCUUCAGGAAUUCAACAACCAAAAGGAUCUCCUGACCACAUUCCCCUUCCAAAACUCGAUACCUAACAACCCAUGGCUCGUACCAGCAUCUCAGAGCCACGCUUCCGCUCAUUUAUCAGACGCUACACGAUCGCAGGAAAAUUAUUUGAUUGCGGGUGUGGACAACUCUGAAACCUUGAGAGACUGGAAUGAGGAGUUCCAGACCACCCGAGAGCUGCCCCGGGACAAUGUCCAGGAGAAAGUGUUCAGAGAAAGAUUAACAUCAAAGCUCUUUGCAGACUAUAAUGAUGCUGCCGUUCGUGGCGCUAUCUUGGUUGCCAGGGGUGAAGUUGCAUCCUUGAACCCAAUGGAGGCUAGAGAUGCUCAAAUUUUCGUUUAUAACAACAUCUUCUUCUCCUUCGGUGCAGAUGGUGUGGGCACUUUCGCUGCCGAGGGCGGCGAUGAAGCUGCUCGUAUUGCCGUUGGAAAGGACGUAAUGGGUGUCAAGGCUGUUAACCAGCUCGACAUCCCAGGACUCUUCACCCCAGGAACCGUCGUGGUUGACUAUCUCGGCAAACGUCUUGUGGGUCAAAGCAUUGUUCCCGGUAUUUUCAAGCACCGCGAGCCUGGCGAGCAUCAGAUUGACUAUGGUGGUGUCGAGGGCAAGGACGUUGUCGCAAAGAACGAGGCAUUCACUCCGGUCUUUGAGAAGCUUUCCAAGGCCCUCCGUGUUAAGAAGCACGCUGUCUGGGACAAGGAUAACGUUAGACACGAGUUGGAGGGAAGUGUUGAGACCAAGGGUCUCCUGGGUACUGAUGGUCGUAAAUACGUCCUCGAUCUUUACCGUAUCACCCCGCUUGAUAUCUCAUGGACUGAAGAUGCCGAAGGCCAUGAUAAGUACCCCCACAGAAUGCCAGUUCUCCGACAGGAACUAGUGGAAUCGUACUGGAGAUACAAAAUGGGACAAUAUGUCAAGGAGGAAGUUGAAAAGCGCAGAAGCGCAGCCAAGGAAAACAAGGAAACCAAGGAAAUCGAAAACGGCGAAGGCACUGACACCGAGAAGAAGGACAACACUGACCAGGAGAGAGUUGAUAUUUCCAAUUUCCACCUGGCAUUGAACCCCGAUGUGUUUAGCGGUCAAGUUCCACAGACUGAGGAAGAAAAGGAGGAAUGGGCACGCGAUGAGAAGGAAGUUCGUGACGCCUGCGAUCACUUGAGGUCAAAGGUUCUGCCAGAGCUUAUCAAGGAUCUCUAUAAUGGUGAGGUUGGCUUCCCUAUGGAUGGCCAAUCUCUUGGACAGCUCCUCCACAAGCGUGGUAUCAACGUUAGAUACCUUGGAAAGGUCGCAGAACUUGCUAAAGAAAAGGGCUCCCGACUUGACUCUCUUGUUGCUCUUGUGGUCCAGGAUAUGGUAGCUCGCUCAUUCAAGCAUACUGCUAACCGUUACCUCCGAAACCUCCCUCCUCCAUUUGCUACCGUCUGCAUAGCCCACCUGCUCAACUGCUUGCUCGGUACAGACGUCAACCCCAAGCCUCGUGCUGAGGUUGACGAAUCCCUCAGGGCGAUUUACCCUGAAGGCGACUUCUCCUUCGAGGACGUUACUCCUGCAACUCUGGCUGCCGAUAUCGAGAAGCAGAUUAGAUCACGUUACAGAUACACCCUCGACGACAGCUGGACUGAAAGCCUGAAGCACUUCCAGGUUCUGAGGGAUAUCUCCCUCAAGCUUGGUCUACAACUCGCAGCGAGAGAGUUUGCGUUCAAGAAAUCCCAAGCUCAGGGUAAGGAGCACUCGCCUUCCGGAAACGGGGCCCAUAGUGACUCCCAAGACGAAAAGAAAAAGAAGAAGAAGAAGGGAUCGGCUGCACCAGCUGCGCCUGCUGCUCCUGCACCCACUCUCACUUUCGUUCCCGACGACAUUGUGAACGUUGUCCCCAUUGUUAAGGAUGCAGCUCCACGCAGUGCUCUUGCUGAGGAGGCCUUCGAAGCCGGCCGCAUCUCACUGAUGCAGAACCAGAAGGAACUUGGUCAAGAGCUCAUCUUGGAAUCUCUUUCUCUACACGAGCAAAUUUACGGCAUUCUUCACCCUGAGGUGGCUAAGCUGUACCACCAGCUCUCGAUGGUAUACUACCAAACCGACGAAAAGGAGGCCGCCGUGGAGUUGGCACGCAAGGCUGUUAUUGUCACCGAACGAACAGUAGGUGUUGAUUCUGCUGAUGCCAUCCUUAGCUACCUCAACCUGUCUUUGUUCGAGCAUGCCACCGGGAACACCCAAACGGCCCUGAUCUAUAUCAGACAUGCUUUGGAACUGUGGAAGAUCGUUUAUGGCCCAAGCCACCCCGACUCUAUCACCACCAUGAACAACGCAGCUGUUAUGCUCCAACACUUGAAGAAAUACCCAGACUCUCGCAAAUGGUUCGAGUCUUCGCUUGCUGUAUGCGACGAGCUAUUCGGAAGACAGUCCGUCAACACAGCCACUUUGUUGUUCCAGCUUGCACAAGCUCUUGCACUCGACCAGGACUCUAAGACUGCGGUCAACCGCAUGCGUGAAGCCUACAACAUCUUCCUUAACGAGCUGGGACCUGAGGAUCGCAACACCAAGGAGGCAGAGAGCUGGCUUGAACAACUCACCCAGAAUGCCGUCUCUAUCGCUAAGCGUGCCAAGGAUAUCCAAGCUCGCAGACGACGAUUGGUUUCGAUGCCUGGCCGUGCCUCUCUCGGCACCCAGCCUCAGCCCCAGGUUGGGCAGACCACGUCGGAGAUGGUCGCCGGUGUCGACGGACAUGCCAACCCAAGCUUGGACUCCAGGAGCAUUGAUGAACUUCUAAAGUUUAUUGAGGGAGGCGAUACGACCCGCUCGAAGCCAAAGAAGAGAACUACUCGCAACCCUAAACUUCGUGGCUCAAAACAGACCUCCGUCAACUCCUCAUAG